GAUUUAUUUAAAAAGUUAGUUCUUAGUUGAAAAUUAAAAAUAAAAGAUGAAAAAAUGACUGAUCGGUACAAAUUUAUUCAUGACACGGCAGUUCAGUUCUUCGGCGCCAGCAGUGUCGAGCAUGCGGAGGUAAUCCGGGACUUUCUGGAGAACGACGAUGUAACGAUACUGGCCGCCGUCUCAUUGGACGGUGAAAUUCUGUUUCAAAAUGCGGUUCCCGUUGAGGAACAGUACUGCUUGCUUUUUUACAAAAUUCCCAACCUGGCCUAUCACAGUCCCGACACGAGACCGAAAAUCGGAAUGCUUACACUGGAAGGUGGUCUCGCCAAAUCGAUCUACAACUCGCUGCAGCGUGUUUUCUCUCCCUACAUUCUGAAGAAGUCCGAAUACUCAACAGAAGUGAAGACGAUUCUGCAGAAUCUACACUCCAACUUGGGUUUAUCGUUAGGAUUAACUGAAUCCGGCAUUCUGUCUGUUCAAGACGAAAUUAAUUUCUGGAUCCAGAAGACGCGAACCCUUCCGACAAAAGCGGAUCGUGAAGCGGCUAAAUCCUUUGCUGCCAUAUUGGAGAAGAUCAACAGUGAAUUGAAAGACAGUCCACCAGCAAAUCUUACCCAACUCGAUGACUUCAUCGACGUUUGCCAAAGUCAUCUGGAUGAAAUCUGGCGGUUACCAAACCACUACCCGCAAAACAGGAUGUGUAGUAUUUUUGAUCUGAUAUCCACCCACGUAGUAAACACAUGCACCGAAUAUCUCACUGAGCAAGAUAUUUGGGACGAAGGAUCCAUCUUUCUGGAUGAGGCGAUCAAUCACGUGAAAUCAACACUGGAAACGUGGUAUCAAACGUUUGACAGUUUGACGCGACUUUUUUGGCCCAACUACGAGCAACAUGCAUGGAUAGGAGAACCUUACAACUCGAAGCAGUUGAAUAAAUUUCGCACCCGCUAUUCAGAGAUUUUAGCGAUCAAAAAGUGUAAAGACCUGCUCUUUGCAUUGUUUCACGAUAAUGAUGAUUUCUCCUUCCACGUCAGUGACAUUAUUGGACCUUUCAGAGACAUCAACAUCUACGAUCUGACACCGCUAGGCAAUAAACGCUGGGAGCUGGCCAAGUCCCGCAUGGAGAUAAGCCUCGCCAAAGUGGACGAAAAUGUGGUCACCCUAUUGAAGCGACACAUACACGAAAGUAUCGGCAAUUCGCGUCAAAUGAUCCACGUGUUCAAUCGUUUCAAGGAGAUUUUCAACCGGCCCUACAUUCUCGAGCAACUGACGGUAGAACGCGAACAACUAUACCAGACCGUUCCGACAAUCAUUCAUGACCUGAGAGAAAUGCUAACCACCGCGAAUCAUACGGAGGGAGAUGUGACGCCGAUUGUGUCCGAGACCCGUUGGUAUCGCGCGGUGGAAGCACAGAUUAUACACCUGGAAGGGGUCGGGCAAACUGUUUUACGCGAUCGAAACGGCUUCGAAGAAAUGUUGAAGAAAAUUUCUUCCUUUAGGGAGGAAAUCCAAGCGAUGAUUCAUGCCGGCUUCGAAAGUUGGACUGAAAACUCUUUGGCAGCGAUUCGCGACGGCGAGUUGAGCUUACGGGAAAACCUACCGGUCGUAAUCUUCGACAAAACCGAGCGCCAACUGAUGCAGGUCACAUUCGGGCCGAAAAUUGUAACCUUCUACGACGAGGCUCGUCAUCUGCAGAAUCUGGGAUUGAAGCUCAACCCAGAAAUUCAGAAGAGCAUAGCACACUCGAUGAAGUUCAUCUCGUAUGCUAGAAGACUACAGCAGAUCGCCCUGUUCCACAACACGAUCGGUGACAGAAUGAUCCCCUGUCAAAGACCAAUUAUGCUGAAAAAUGCGAUGGAAUUUUCCAAGCUGGUGAAAAGCGAAUCCGUUUCGUGGAACGACGAAGACUCCGUUGAGCGGUACAUCAACAGUCUGCAGGAAGCCGUCAAACGACUUUCAAAAGACAACUUUCAGUUGACCGCUUACCACGACCAAGCCAAGAAAUCCAUCCUCAAACUGAUGAACACCGAUUUGAUUCGACAGAGUAACAUUUGGAAGGAUGAAAUGCGAAAUCUCCGUGAAAUCAUUUUCAACCUGGAAAAGCAAGGAUACACUAACCUAAACCCAUUCAAACUGCAUUGGGAUCACCAAUUGUACAAAGUGCUGGAAUAUCAAUACGUCGCCGGGUUGAUAAACGUCCAUCAAAAGCUACCGGACAUUCACGUCGAUCUGGUGUUUCGCCAGCAGCAAAUCCAAUUUCGCCCCACGCUAGAGGAAAUCAAAUCCAAAUACUACUCCCAGCUGCGUCGGUUCAUCGAAAAACCACUAGGAUUCAAAGGACUUUCCGAGCAAAGCUCGGUCAUUUUCAAAACCAUGAUCGUACGGAAUGCUGCCAGCUUCUCUGUCCUGUACGAAAAGGCACAAAUCGUUUUUCGGCAGCUGAUCGAGUUCCGUGACAGCUGGUUGCCCUGGGUCUCGAUCGGUAUGACGGACAUGGAGCAACUCUGUACGGUCCACUGUACGACUUGGCAACACUGGGACAACAAUUUCAGAGCGUGUAAAAAAUUCAGCCAGCAGAUAGCGCGAAUACAACAAAGCGAAAAAGAGAUCGAUUGUUUGAUCGUAAACUACGCUCCACUUUGUUCCGAUUUAGACGGUCUGAGUAGACGCUAUUGGGAAGCGCUGGCAAACAGUCUACGGACUUCUAUCUUGGAUAAUAUCUCGACUGUGCAGGAGUAUCUGACGUACUCCUUCCAGGUGCUGCAAAACAUCCCCCAGGACGAAUGGGGCAUAUCGGAGUCCAGCGCGAAGUACGAGAAGAUCGUCAGUGAUUUACCCAAGAUGACCGAUUUGGUAAAGUCGCUGCAGGGCAAGGACAGCUGCCUGGCUGGAUGGUGCAAGGAAAGACUUUCGGCCCUCAACGGCGUACUGUUGCAGUGGAAUCAGCUGCAACCAUUGAUCGAGAACCAUCAGACACUGCUGCAGGGUAGGCUGGACAUUAUCAAGGAAAAUAUUUUGCGCCAGAUCAACGAGCUGAACGAGGAGGCGGAGAAGUUCUCUAUACGGUGGGAGUCAACGAUACGGGAUUUAGAGACGAAUGAAAAUGCUGAUAUGAACUUAUUCCGCGAACGACAAGGACAAUGGCAGGGCAUAAUUGGCAAACGAGAAACUCUUUUAAAACAAACGGAAAAAUUCAACAUCAAAAUCCCGGAAGAGUUCAACGUUAUAUUCACCAAGCUAGAAACCGAUAUUUCCGAGCAAGGCAAAACCUGGGAACUGUUCAAUAACUUCCUCACAGACUACGACACAGUCGCCAAUGAAGAGUGGGCCAUUUAUCGCCGUCGGCCGCACAUUCUGACAGAAUUUCUUACUAAAUGGGAGAAAUCUCUUAGCGGAACCGCAGCCAGCGUCGCUGGAUCACGCAUAACUUCGAUCGUCGAACGCUACAAGUCUUCCCUGCCGCUGCUUAACGCCCUACAAUCGGAUGCCCUUGUCGAGAAGCAUUGGGCUAAGCUCUGUCAGAUGUUGAAAAUCGACUCGAAAUCACAGCACGACCUCUGUCUGGGAGAUGUCCUGGCAGUGUCCGAUCACCUGCAGCAGCAGGCUGCCGAGGUUCAAUCGAUCGUACGGCAGGCUGCCUCCGAACAUGUCAUUCGGCAAGCCAUCGUAGAGCUGGAACAAUGGGCGGCAACUGCGUUACUAAAACUGAUUGAACAUACGGAUUCCAAAGGGACCAUCGUUUCGUUGAUCAAGGAUUAUACGGAAACCCUCAACAAAAUCGGUGAUAAUCAGUUUCUGCUGCAAUCGGCGAAAAACUCCACCUCGUAUGAAUCAUUCUCCGAUCAGGCCGAUGUAUGGGAGGAGAAGUUGAAUAACCUAGACUACGUUAUUUCCCAUUUGAAUCAGAUUCAGAAGAAAUGGAUCUAUUUGGAGCCCAUAUUUGGAGUGGGAACUUUGAAGCGCGAGGAAGCGGUGUUUAAAAGUAUCGACAAAAACUUUCGUUACAUUAUGAAGGAAAUUGCGGACGAUCCCAAGGUAGUCUCGGUGAACAAGAUCAACAACGUGCUGUCGAUCAUCGAAACGCUCCAGAGUCAAAUAUCACGCUGCCAAAAUGCUCUGAGCUCGUUCAUAACGACUAAACGGAAUGCUUUUUCGAGAUUUUAUUUUCUCUCCGACGACGACCUGCUGGAGAUUUUGGGUCAAUCGAUGAAGGAAGCUAUCAUUCAGAAGCACAUCCGCAAGCUGUUCCCUGGUAUCUAUCGGUUGGUAAUCGAGAACGACGGCUCAAGAAUUGUCGCUUUCUGCAGUGAAGAAGGCGAUCAGCUGCAGCUGACGAAUCCAAUUUCGAUCUCGCCCGUCAUUGAAGACUGGUUGAGCGUUCUGGUGGCGGAGAUUAAAAAUGCUUUACAGUUUCUGAUCAAGAAAUGUCUGGAUAAGGACUUCUUCGAAGAGGGUGUCAUUAGUGAGUUUCCGAUGCAAGUUAUAUGCUUGGUAAACUCUAUUAAUUUUACGAGACGAACUGAAAAGGCUAUCUCCGCCAUGCAGCUUUCUGAUUUGAAGCACCAAAUCCAGAAUGAUAUUACCAGGUACUCGGCUUUACUGCAUAAGAGUUCCGAUCCGCUGAUGAAGAUCAAACUACGAGCACUUCUAAUCGAUUUAGUGUACCAAACGACUACCGUUGACUAUCUAAGCGAUCAUAACGUGACAAACCUGCAAGACUGGCACUGGCUGCAGCAGUUGAAGUUCUACGUCGAUCGUACCGGGAUUGUUAACGUCAAAAUGGUUUACGCCGAGUUCGAGUAUUCCUACGAAUUUCUCGGCAACUACAGCAAGCUGGUGUACACAUCGCUGGCCCACAACUGUUACCUGAUUUUGACCCAAGCGAUGCAGCUUGGUCUCGGGGGCAAUCCGUUUGGUCCGGCUGGAACGGGAAAAACGGAAUGCGUCAAGUCACUCGGCGCCAUGCUUGGUCGUUUGGUGCUGGUAUUCAACUGCGACGAAAACAUCGACACAGCCGCUAUGGCACUAAUUCUGUCCGGGUUGGCCCGUUGUGGAGCUUGGGGCUGUUUUGAUGAGUUCAAUCGACUGCAAGAAGCCACACUGUCAGCAAUUUCUAUGUUGAUUCAGCCUUUGCAGGUGGCUUUAAAGGAUAAACAAAAUGAGGUUCUGCUGAACAAUGAAAACGUCCCACUCAACAAGCACUGCUGCGUAUUUGUGACGUUGAAUCCUGCUGGUGAGGAAUACGGAGGCCGCCAGCAGCUGCCGCUGAAUCUGCAGGCUCUUUUUCGUCCGAUUGCUAUGCAAGCUCCGCGUCCGCAGCAAAUCGCUCGAGUUACACUGUUCGUGGAGGGUUUCAAACAUGCUGAUCGACUCGGGGCUCAAAUCGUGGAACUUUUCGAGUUGUCCAGAAAGAUGCUUUCGAAACAACGGCACUACGACUGGGGUCUGCGGGAGCUGAAAUCUAUACUGUCCGCUUGUGGUUCCGCGUUGACGAACGCACAAGGUGAGCUGACUUACGACGAAGAAGCGGGACUGGCUGUUAAUGUUAUUCGAUCGAACACGAUGUCACGGUUGACGCUGUUCGACUGUAAGAAGUUCGAUGUUCUGCUGAUGAACGUGUUUCCAAAUAUCAAAGUCGUCAGUAGCGCCGAUGAUGAUCUGCGAUCCAAGAUAGUGGAAGCGUUCACGGUUCUUGGCUUUCAGCAGAAUGAUCGUCAGGUCGAAAAAUGUCUGGAGUUGGCAGCUCAGCUUCGAAAGCGAAUGGGAGUUGUCGUUAUAGGACCUCCCAGAUCCGGUAAAACCACCAUCAUAUCCGUCCUGAAAGAGGCUUUGAUGACGCAGGGUGGCACGAUCCGAGCACAUAUUAUCUCACCAAAAUCCAUGAAUCGAAUUCAGCUUUUAGGUAAACUAGACCCCGACACACGCCAGUGGAGCGAUGGCGUUCUCACGUCUACGGCAGUUGCCGUCAACGCCGAGCCACGAACGGUCACUUCGUGGAUCAUAUGCGAAGGAGACGUUGACCCCGAGUGGAUCGAGGCGUUGAACUCUGUGCUAGAUGACAACCGACUGCUCACCCUACCAUCCGGAUGGAGAAUUCAGUUUGGCAGUAACGUUAACUUCAUCUUUGAAACACACGAUCUCUCAACGGCUUCACCCGCAACAAUAUCUCGUAUGGGAAUCAUCAAUUUGAAUGCGGAAGAUCUUCCCUACCAACUGGUGGUGAACGCGUGGCUUACAAAGCAAGCAGACCCGGAUAUGCUGAAGUCAUUUUUAGACCAAUAUUACUACCGAGCCAUCGAUUGGAUCGAGGAACAGAAAUGGCGGCCGUCUGGUUACUCAUUAGUCAGUUUAGCUGAAGCAGGUCUAGCAGCGCUGGAAAGUGUAAAAUCUACGGAACAAUUUUGCAUCGAUCUGCUGUGCGGUCUCAAUGGGGUACUUACCGCGGAGGGUAAAAAUAAACUAUCGAAUCAAAUGUUCUCUUGGGCAGACAUCACGGUAACCGACAGCUCCGUAGCGGAGUACCACUACUACAACAGCUUCCGAGCUAUGGUCGAUCUCUACAGCACUGACGAGAUUACGGGAGCUUUCGUCAGCGAAAAUAUCUACACGAAUGUUCUGGUUAAGACUCCGUUGAUGAAACUAAACGGGGAACUGUUGAAGCACAUAAUUGGCUCCAAAAAUCGCCACAUUACUCUGCUAGUAGGACCAAGCGGAAACGGUAAGAGCCUCUUGCUACAAACCGUCGUCAGCGAGUUUAACGGCUAUCAACUCGUGACCAUCAGCUGUAGCUCCCAGCUGACGACCUGUAGCAUUUUAAACACGCUUAAACAGAAUUCCCUUGUUCUAACAACUGUGAAGGGUAAAGAAUACCGGCCGAAGUUCUCCAAAAUUAUUCUCUACUUCAAAAACGUUGAUCUCUGCUCCGUGGAUCGCUGGGGAACGUGCGAAGUCAUCGAACUGCUACUGCAGAUCGUCGCUCUAAAUGGAUUCUACUCGGAAACGCUCGAGUGGAUAAGCGUCGCCGGACUUACCGUGUGCGCUUCGGUUUCCGACAUAAGAAAAACUCAACUUUCACCAAGGUUCCUAUCGAUCUGUACCGUGGUUCAGUUCGGUUACCCAAACCAGCAGGACUUGGAAAGUAUCGUCAAGAGUAUGAUUCUUCCUGUUUACAAUCAGUUGGGGAAAAAUUCGGUGAAGAUGCGGUUGAACGAUUUGGUCCGCGCUGUCAUGAAUGUGUACUUCGAAACCCAGGCACGGUUCGAACGGGGGGAAAUUCUGCACUACCGCUUCACGCCCAAAAUGAUCGAGCGAUGGAUAAGUGGAGUUCUACAUUACCCUGCGGAGUACUUUGGACAGGCCCUGCUGUAUGAGUGCAAACGGAUAUUCCGUGAUCGACUGGUAAGCGUAGAGCAUCGUCAGGAAUUUGAUGAAAUUGUGCGCGAUAAUCUUCGGAUGGUGCCAGGCGAGGAGCAGAGUGCCGUGUUUGGUCCCAGCGACGGUCAAAAAGACGCUCAGUUGCAACUGGUUGAUAGCGAGGGCUGGACCGAGUCGAUCAAGCAGAUUAUUUCAAUGUGCAAUGCUGAAGUCAUCUCGAUAGACAUUCCUCUAACGGAAGCUUUUAUGGAUGCCGUAGCAGCCGUUGUCCGUGUUCUAUCCAGACCACAAUCGAACCUUGUUUUGUGUGGUAAAACCGGUUCCUGCCGACUGGAGGCUCUGUACACAGCAGCAGCAAUGCUGAACGUUAAGGUAGUCUUACCGCAAACCUCCAAAGGUUACGCCAUAAGCGAAUUCAACAACGACCUUAAAAUCGCCAUGCAAAACUGUGCCCUAGAAAACGAACCCUCGGCAUUCUACAUCGACCAUUCGCUUAUCGACUACCUCGGAGAUAUCAUGAAAACAUGCGAAGCCAUACUGGAGGGUGCGGAGCUGACGGAUUUUUUCGGAGAUGACUUGGAAAAUUUGGCAAACCCCCUAAAAGCGCAAGCCGCCCUGGAGUCCUUUCAGAUGUCACUGUCGGCCUACUUUCUGUAUCGAUUGAGGCAAAAUUUUCACCUCAUCAUACUGCUUGAGUAUUCUUCACCGAAAAUUCACGAACUAUUCGAAAGCUACUCCGCUCUGUACCAGAAAUCGGAGGUGGUUUGGAUUCUAGAGAACAAAAUUACACCUGCCUCUAGUCUAACGCGAUAUCUCAACGAAAUGGGAGGCACCAAUUCGUCCGACGCUAAGAUUCCCACCCCCACUUUCUUCAACGACCUUUUAGACAGUGAUAUAAGCACUUGGUCACGAUCACCGAAGCGUCGAAUACAGCUAAUCCGAACCUACUGGCAGGUGUAUCGGAACCAGAAAGCAAAAAAGGAGCUCUACAAGCAACAAAUCCAAAGCGGCGUAGACAAACUGUCGGAAACCCACAAAGUAGUCGAAAAGUUAAAGCUUGAAGCACAGGAAAAGCAAAAAGCUUUGGCCGAGAAGCGGAAACUCGCCAACCAAUCGCUGGAGAUGAUCUCGACUACGAUGCGAGGGGCAAAUGACCAGAAAACCGAACUACUCGAGCUGCAGCGCAAGACGAAGGAGAGCAGCGUCAAACUGAUGGAACGAAAGAAAGCCAUCGAAGAAGAACUCAGCCUGGUAGAGCCUGUGCUGCGCGAAGCAAGCGCUGCCGUGGGACAAAUCAAAACCGAAGCCCUUUCGGAGAUUCGUUCGCUGAGGGCUCCUCCGGAAACGGUUCGCGAUAUUCUCGAAGGCGUGCUUCGCCUGAUGGGCAUCCGGGACACCUCGUGGAACAGUAUGAAGACUUUCCUGGCCAAACGGGGCGUCAAAGAGGACAUCCGGUCGCUCGAUCCGGUUAGAAUCAGUCCGGAAAACUGCCAAGCAGUUGAGAAGCUUCUGCAGAUGAAAGCAGACUCUUACGAGCAGAAAAAUGCGAAGAGAGCUUCUGCGGCAGCCGCUCCGCUUGCAGCGUGGGUUAUCGCGAACGUCAAGUAUUCUAGGGUCAUUCAAAGUAUUAAACCGUUAGAGCGCGAGCAGAAUGAGCUCCGUGAGAAUUUGGAGAAAGCGGAGUCGGAGAUGAAGUCCUUGUCGAAUGGAUUGGACAAUGUUAAUGAUACGGUGAAAGGGUUGUCCGAGCAGCUGAAUGUUUACACCCAAGAAGCUGCAAUGCUGGAAAUAAAACUAGAGGACGCAAAACAGACGCUGCAUGCAGCGGAAGUUUUGGUUCAGAGUUUAAGCUCAGAGUACGUAAGCUGGAGCAAGGAACUAGAAGAGCUGAAUCAGACGAUUGCCUGCAUUGACAAACGAAGCUUGAUGACGGCCUUCUGCGUCACAUAUCUGUCCCAUCUCUCGCUGGAAGCUCGAAGAAACUCUCUAGUGAAUGCCUCUAAGCUGACUAAUGAAAGCCCAUUCGACAUGGACGACUUGGUUUCCAACCAGGACAAAAUCAUUUGGGAAAGUAUGGGUUUGGGCGCUGAUCAACAGUACCGUGAAAAUGCCAUCAUUUUAAACCAGUUCAUGACACUCCCGUUCGGUACUACACCGAUUCCACUCCUGGUAGACCCCACGGAGCUGGGUCAAAAAUGGUUGAUCAACUAUUUGAACUAUCUGAAUCGUACCUUCGAGAUUACCAGUCAGACAACGGAUCGGUUCGGUUACAUACUGGAGCUGGCGAUACGGUUCGGUAAAAUUCUCAUCAUCAAAAACGUCAACGCUGUGGAGCCACCGUUGCUGUCCCUGUUCUUCACCCGCAUUCACGUCCGCUUCAACAAAAGAAUGGUUCAGAUCAGCAACAAGUUGAUUGAUCUUCACGACGACUUCAAACUAGUUUUGAUCACUCAAAACGAGCAUCUUCAGCUAGGGCCCGAAUUGCAGGCUUACUUUAUGAAUCUCAUGUUUACAACCACUACAGCUGGUCUGACGGAUGUUCUAACGUUCAACUGGGUAUUGGCCAAGAACCCAGAAAUCGAGAAAAAACGCGUCGACCUGCUGGAGCAGGAAGGGCGUCUAGUGAAGGAAAAGCGUAGCUUGCAGGAUAAACUACUGCAAGAGCUCUCCGCUUCCAAGGGCGACAUUCUCAAGAAUGAACCAUUAUUAAACACUUUGAACAGCAUCAAAGCUAGUGCAAGCUCCAUCGAGAAGUCGCUGGAAGAGUUCGCCUCCAUCCGCGAUCAGCUAAUGGAGCACUACAGUCGACGGAAGGAGCUUUGCAGUCUAGCCGCCAGAUUCUACAUGGGCAUUCGUCGCUUCUACACCAUCAACGUAGCGAAAUUCACAUCCAUUUUUCUCGCCGUUAUCGAUGAUGAAGCGCACUCAACUGGACCGGAUCUGUACAAAAGUCUAGUCAGAAGAAUUUUCUCCCUUCUAAGUCGGGGCACUCCGAAAGAUGAGCAAAUAAUUCUGGGUUUGAACAUCUGCAAACAUGCAUUUCCUGAGCAGCUCCCGGAGAAGGAAUGGGAAUCGUUUGUUUUCAAUUUCACCAACGCCGAACAAACGGCGGACCAGCAGAAGCUUCCGAAUUGGAUCAAGCCGGAAAAUCUACCCAAGCUGCAGUCCCUCAAACACCAACACCCGGAGUUCUACACCAAGCUCAACCUAGACAACGUGAACGCCUGGGUAAAAUAUGUCGAAUCUGACGAAGUUACCCCACCGGUAACCGGAGUUUCCGACUUUCAAGCGAUCCUAGUGGCUCAAAUCAUUCGACCAGACCUUUUGAUCCGCACCAUAACCUGUUCCGUUCAGAACAUUCUCGGACUGAAAACUCUCUACACGGUGCGACCCUCCGUAAAACUUCUUGCGGAGGAAAGCUUCGCCGAAGAACCACUGCUCUUGAUAACCGCUUCCGGUAUCGAUCCAUCCGAAGAGAUUCGUGAGUACGCAAAGCGAACGAUCGGUCUUUCGAAAUACGCGGAAUUCUUCGUCAGCAAGGGAAAUGAACUGGAGGCACUCAAACUGAUCAAGGAAGCGGCAAAUACGGGGGGUUGGGUGUGCAUUAAAAACAUUCACACGGUACCGCAGUGGAUCCGUCAUCUGGACGAAACUUUGAAGUCACUAAAUUUCACUGCCGAGUUCAGGCUAUGGCUGACAUCGGAAACGGUCAAGAAUUUGAAUGACACUUUCGUUAAAAAAUGCAACAAAGUUUUGUUCGAACCACCGACGGGUUUGAAGUACAAAAUGAAACUUCUGCUGGAACAGCACAGCGGAACAGUGACCCGCAAGCGGGACUACCGGUCCAUAAAGAUGUACGUGGGUCUCUUUUUGCUGCAUUCAGUCCUACAGGAAAGACGUUCGUACAUUCCUCAGGGUUGGACCAAGUGGCACGACUUCAGCGAUUCUGAUCUGCGCACAGCCAUGCAACUUCUUCGGUACACCGAAGGUUCGAACACGCUCAAAAUACAGUGGCCUCUUAUACAGGGUCUGUGCGAGAAGGUUGGCUACGGUGGUCGCAUCGAUAACGAGAACGAUUUUGAUAAGCUGGACCACUUGUUGAGAGAGUUCUUUGACGAGAAAAUCAUGACCAGCCGUUGGCAGCCGAUGUUCAUGAACGUCAGCUUUCCAAACUCCAAUCACUUGGAGGACUACGUGAAAGCUGUUGAUCAACUCCCAGACGCGGACUCUCCCACUCUUUACGGCAUACCGAUAUCGACGAACGCUUCGCGGGAUAUAAUAUUCUGUAGAAAUACGUUGAAGGAACUACGGCGAAUGUACUUUAGCAGCUCUAGCGCGCAAAACUACGAGAAACGCUUCAGGCCGAUCUUCAACCUUUGGAGUAAGCUUAUGAGUGGCACAAUCGCCCAACGGCUCACUGGAAUGAUCGAUCGUCAGAAGAGCAACGACAACCCGUGGAUGAUCUUUAUUCUUUCGGAGUUAUCGCUCAUCGGUAACCUUUACGAAGCGAUCAACGGAAACCUAAACACCAUUAGGAAUGCACUAAAGGAUGUUGGAACCAUUUCUGGAGCCGAUCGCUCCCUACUGGCAACCAUCUGUGACAACCAGAUUCCACUGCAGUGGAGACGCAUUUGGAGCGGGCCCAAAACAGUCAUAGAGUACCUGAAGGCAAUUGCGUUCAAAACCAGACAAACUGAGCUGUUUUACAAUCGUUUGAUUGAGGAGAAACCAGUCGAGGAAGCCAGUUUUAAUCACCUGUUCAACGUGGAAGGAUUUAUGACUACGAUAAAGAUGAUCAAGUCGCAAAAAUUGCAUGUUUCUACGACUGAAUUGAAGCUCUGCGCGUACUUCGACAAUCGACAACGGGAGGAUGCCGUUAUGGUGACUCCUUUACUGAUCGACGGAGGCAUUCUCAUCAACGGAAAAAUUACCAUUCAACAGGGAGUACAGCAACAAUCCGGACCAGCUUACACGGGUCCCUUCUGUCUGGAUUUCACGCUGGGCGACAGUAGUGAUAGCAAAACGCGCGAUGAUCAGUUUGCAGUUCCACUGUACAACCACAUCUCGCGAGACACACUUAUUUGUCAAAUUGCCGUUGACAUCGGGCAAGGAUUGAACCGAACCCAACUGGUGGCGGCCGGUAUCGCAUUCAUCGUUCCUGAAAACUACUAAACUUGAGAACAUCUUUCAAAUUCCGCCAGUGUAACAGCUGGUGCUAUUCGUUUGAUAUUCUUAGACUAACUUUAUAGAGUUUAUAUUUACAUAAAUUUGUUUCUAGUGAAAAGCACCUUCCAU